AGCACACCACAUUGUUGUAAACACACAUCUAUAGUAUGUUCAAGUCCAAGUCCUUUGACUUGGUCAAUGAGGAAAAGGCAAAAAAACGGGAGCGACUGUACCAGCCGCGUCGGAUGCGAUGGCUAAAAUACAUCAUCCUGCCGGCAGUUUUCUCAUUUGCACUUCUGCUGAUCUUGGUCAAUGUGAAUUUCUCCGAUAACAACGUCGAAGUAACCUCCAACUCAACGGAUUUGGGAAAUGAGUCAACCUACAGCAAGAACAAGUGUGUCGAUCAGUGGGACACAUCGCUCCUUAUAUCCAGUUAUGAAUUCAAAAAUAACACUGUGGAUAGAGGCUUCUUUUGCGGCUGCUUCGAACUUCUAAAUUUCACCAUCGAAAACAGCACUAUUAGGCAUAUAAGCAAUGGAACUUUUAAUCAAAAUAGCACCCGUAACUUGCUGAGCUUGCAACUAAUUAAUGUGCAACUGGAAAGUUUAUCUCAUUCAGCCUUACAAGGCCUUCAAAAGCUUCAAAACUUUACCCUCAUCAAUGGGAACAAUGCCUUUAAGCCGCAUGGAUUUCUUUCUGCCGUCUCUAAAACUGUUAUCCAAGCCAAAAUACAUCAGCACUACUUCACGGAAAUCAUAUAUUCAGUCAGUGACUUCUUGGGACCCCUAAAUUUCACUCAGCUGAAAUGGUUAGAUCUAAGUGGAACCAACUUUGGAGAGACUCUCAGUGCAGAUUCUUUUGAGAACCUGCCGGCUCUUGAGGAACUGAUCCUAAACAACUGUGGCUUACGCCAAAUGAAGUGGGAAAGUAUACCCCUUACGCUUAAAAUGCUACCACAAGUGGAAAUACUUGGGCACAAACCUGAGACAAUCAUUAAUAAUGAAGAGGGUUUUACUGUAAAGGCUGAAGUAGCAACUAAUCCACAACUAGCAGGUACAUCACCACAAGUAUCAUCUUCAACCAGACCUACGGUCACUUGGUCCACCGAAGAAGUAACACCUGAACCAGAGACGUCAACAAUUGAUGAGUCCGGGACGCAGUAUUGCGACGAAGAUCUUUGUGAAGAACUUAUAUGCAAUCUUUACUCUGGAUCUGUUGAUCAGGAGGGUUCGACUAAAUGUGAGGAUGGUAUACUAGUGGAGUUGUGUGAAUCGGAUUGCAGUUCGACCUUUAAUUUCUGUGUGGCUCUGGACGAUAAUUUCAACUCCUCAAUUAUCUGCUGUUCAAAUAGAACCACGAAAUGUGCGGCCUCUACGCAAGUGACCUGGUAUAAGGCCAACAGCGGUCUGGUCAUUGGACUGGGAGUGGGUAUCUUUUUUAUUGGCCUCUUUCUCGGAGUGGCCAGUGUUUAUUUAACGAUCCGACUGAAGCCCUCCUGGUGUAGUGAUGCGGACAGAAGGCGCCGCGACUCAAAAACAAUGGGACUGUUUCCCCCGAAAUCUGAGAAGGACAGGUGCGAUAGUGAAGGGAUUCCAAUUUCGACGCUCGACAAUAACGAAUAUAUCACCGCCUAUCACCGAUACCUCGAGCAAGCCAAUCACCGUCCCACGGAGUCCAACAAAUACAUACGUCCGCCCAGGGAUAGGGCGCCUUCCGUCCCGCCGUCCUCUAUUUACAACUGCCGUCCACCUUUACCUCUACCACUCCCUGAAAGAAAUAACUACAUAUACGAGAGCUGUGAGCUGUACGAGGAACUUCCGUAGUUAUAAACUGUUUAGAUUAGAUUGCAAAAUGUACAUCAUUCGGGGUCGCAGACAGUAAUUAGUUAUUGAUUUAUUUCA